UUUCGAUGAUAAAAGGAGAAUAUUCGGAAUAUUCUACAGAAGAUGAAAAAAGUGAAUAUGAUGAUGAUAAAAUAAAAUAUUCGGAAGAAAAUAAAAAAUCCAUCAAAGAAUCCAAUCUUUGUCCAUUUGAAUUAUUAUGGAGUUUCGGAUUAAAUUCAGACGUACCUCUAAUAAAUUUAACCACGAAAAAUCGUACACUUAUCGCUUACUCCUGUUCGCAUAUCGUAAUAAUCUAUAACUAUGAGACUAAAGAAGCAUUAAAUCUUCAAGGUCAUAAAAAUACGGUGAGAACAUUAUCGACAUCGAUGGAUGGAAAAUGGUUACUGUCUGCAGAUUUUGAGGAGGAUUGCGUAGUUGUUGUUUGGGACACUGAAACUGGGUAUAAAGUUUGAAAUUAAUGUAAAAAGGAUUGUAAAUUAUAAGAUAAAGGAAUUUGAUAUC